AACAGAACAGUAGAAGCGCAUAUAACAGAAGAAUAAGAUAUCAAAUGUAAAGAGAUGUCUGACAAAAUACAAUCAAUGAAUUUGAUUCAAAAGUCUCUUUCUGAGAAACAUUUAGACCAAAACUGAAUCACGUGGUCUGUGAGAGUUCCUGGCAUUCUGAGUGAACUGUUCUCAAGGAGACAUAGCUCUUUACAAUAUUCACUGCAGGGAGUUAUAUUUCGAUAACACGCGUCCAAAACUUGAAACCAGGGGGAUAUGAUGUGAUGUAGAAAUUAUAUAUUUUUAAAGGUUUCAUGAUAACUGUAGUUUGUUUAUAAGUAUCCUGGGAAAUAGCAAUGGAUACUUUCAGAGUUACCAAGAUGGUCCUUACGAUAUUUCCACUCGUAUGCGCCUAUCCGAGAUUCAAGGAAGCCAUUCCAAACGGUGAUAAUGUGCCCCACCCAUGUAACGCGAGUACCACGUGGGAGGGGGUAGGGCAUACCAAUCCCGCGGGUGGGGGCAAGAGGAAUCAAUUUGGAUUGGACUUCAAAGCGGCGGGAAUGUUAUGGACAGAGGAGCUGUGUCGCAAAGAUUCGGACUCGGACGGACGGACGAACGGCGAGGAGCUAGGAGACCCUAACUGCACGUGGCGCCCCGGGGUCGGGCAACAAGCCCCGACUGCUUUAGGCAUCACUAAUCCAGGUAUAUGUGAACCACGGGGCUCCCCUAAUUGUGAUGCAUAUAACAAAGCCUUCCCUGGAACCUCACUAGACUGUCAACAGGCAAACACACGAUGCACAGCGCUUGACCAAAAAGAUAUUCAGAAAAUGAAUAUUAACUUCCCCAUGACGAGUGUUCCUACGGAAGAAACGACGUACCAUUGCAUGCUGGUAGAUUUUCCAGCUGGGGACCAUCAUUUAGUUGCCACUACCCCGUCUGUUGACAACGUCAAUAUAGUUCACCAUAUGAUUCUGUGGGGAUGUACAUUCCCAGAGGACAUUGACAUGACGGAAAUAAAUAAAAGAAAAGGCAUGGUGUAUCGUUGUGAGAUGACACCGGACCGUCACUGUCAGCAGCUACUUGGAACAUGGACGUAUGGUCACCAAGGAGACUGUUUCAAAGGUGACGCCGGCUUCAGGAUUGGCAGAAAGGGCACAAGAAUAGCAGCGCUUCAGAUUCAUUACAACAAUCCAGAAGAACUUACAGGGGAAACCGACCAAUCAGGAAUGGCCAUUUACUACACGACAAAGCUGCGCGCGCAUGAUGCUUCCAUGUUUGUUGUAGGACAAGAAUAUCUCGAUAUCCCACCAUAUUCACGAGGAGUGACAUUUGAACACACAUGCCCUUCCCAAUGUACUUCGGAAAUGUUCAAAGAGCCCAUUUAUAUAACAAGAGCAGCAAAUCAUAUGCAUUAUUUAGGUGUCGGUCAAAGUAUUACAGUUUACCGCAAUGGUUCAAAGGUAUUCGAUCUCUCCAACGAUGAUGAAUACCAUUACGACAGACCCACCUUUUAUCAUUACAAUCCUCCCAUCAAGGUCAUGCCUGGCGAUGAAAUAGUUACCAAGUGCAAUUACACUUCGAAUAGAAACACUUCCGCGUCAUACGGUGCAGGAACAAACGACGAAAUGUGCUACGGUUUUAUAACCUACUUCCCGGUGCAGAAAUUUCAAAACACAAUUUGUAUUGCUUGGAAAGGGAUUCAGAGAUGCAAAAGAAAACUAGAUAAGUUUAAAGGCAUCUACGACGGCUGCAACUGGAGGCAGUUUCUGUCCAAAUCAGGAUUAUUUCUUCGGGAACUUUUGUCAAAUGAAACCUGUGGGAACUACUUACACGAUGGCGUAUGCACUGAAAAAUGCAUUGCUGAGUCACGUGAUUUUCUAGCUAACCCUUGCCUUCAGGGAGAUCUUGGCGAGUGGAUGUUCUCACGAACACCAAGUGCUAAGAGUUUAUUUCCAAUCUUGCAGGAAUGCUCUCGUUCGAAUGGAGUUAAUUCACUUAAUGAAGUUAAUAAAAUGAGCAUUUUAUUAUCAUUUGUAGUGCUUCAACUUAUUUAUUGAGUGAACAUAAAGCGUUUGUGUUUAAACAGAAAAACCUUGAAGUGUGUCAAACACUCGGUUUGUUCCGGGUUUAGAUGCUUAAUGCCGGUGUGAUAAUGUUUACAGAAUACGUACCUAUAUUAAAGCUAUACCAAUUGAAGAUUAAGUCACAACUGAAAGGAUUUGUGAAAAUAUUAAUGAUAAAAUGGGUAAAGAAAUAUGGUAGAAACUAAUGGAUUUACAUUGCACUAUGCAUAUUUUUAUGUACCUGUGAUUGGAAAAAAAUAUUCUGUUAUAAUCGUAAAUUGCUACGUUAUAUUUAAUUAUCAACUAUAAAUAACACAAUAAGGAGCGUGUUAUCCGAAUAUCCUUAUAGGCGGAUAUAAUUAAAUUGGUAUGGCGUCACUGGACGCUGUUGUAUUGUUGUUUGCAUUGGAUAUUGUGUAUCCACUAUUCAGUAUUGCUGACGCAUUGGGCAUACUAUGCAUUGGAUUCAUUUGAAUCGGCCAUAGAACUCUUUUUUCAUUAGACAACCCGAUAAGAAACAUAAUUGUUUGAUAUCAGGAAUAUGACAUUGAUCAGUUUAGCUACUGAUCGAAUUCUUAAAAAUCUGUUUUGAUAUAUGUGUUGCAUUUUUUCAUGAAAUACAAUUUGUUUAACGUACA